AUAAAAUAAACCCAACUUCCGAUUCCAACUAAUCACUGUGAUCCCUUCCCCUCCGCCCGGUCUGGACCGGUUCGCUGAUUCUGCAGCCGAUGAAGUGUAAAUCGGUGGCCUGUAUAUGGUCGGGCUCGCCGCCGGUUCAUCAAGUAACCGCCGUCGCCGCACUCCACGACCCGCCGACUCUCUACACCGGCGGAUCAGAUGGCUCCAUCAUCUGGUGGAACCUCAAUUCCCCCCUUGCAAAGCCGGAGAUCAGACCAGUAGCGAUGUUGUGUGGUCAUGCCGCUCCAAUAGCUGAUCUAGGGAUUUGUUUUCCCCUUGAGCAACAUGAAAAUGGAACUUUUACUAGUUCUAGUGAUGAGCUGUUGCAUCCUAAUCCAGUUAAAUGUGGUGCACUAAUCAGUGCUAGUAGUGAUGGUGUAUUAUGUGUCUGGAGCAGAGUAAAUGGACACUGCAGACGGAGAAGGAAACUUCCUCCUUGGACAGGAAGCCCAUUCAUGAUUAGGACAUUGCCCAACAACAAGAGAUAUGUUUGUAUUACCUGCACUUUUGUCAACCAAGAACAUCCAUCAGCUGUUUCGGAUGAAGGACACGAGUCUUUGGCAGAUACAGAGGUGCAAAAUCCAAAUCCUUUGAAAUGUACAGUUGUAAUCGUUGACUCGUUUACUCUUGCAGUUGUCCAAACAGUAUUCCAUGGGAAUGUGUGUAUUGGACCUUUAAAGUCCACUGCUGUAGUAAUUACCUCAGAAGAUAUGGAGUCACAGUCGGUGAUGAUCAUUGAUGUGUUUGGUAAGGUACUGAGUUUACCAAUAUUGAAGGACUCUGACCUAAAGGGGCAAAAUGUCCCUGUUGUGUCAAAUGAUUCCUCAAAUUUAGAAGUGAUGGACUGGGCAGAUGAAUCCAAAGAGAGGGAAUCGCUUAUGGCUUUUGCCAAAUGGGGUUAUGUUUUGGCCCUUGUGCAUAGAACAUAUUGCACAUUUAGGCAAGCACAUAACGGAAUUGUCAUUGGCAAGAUAUCUUUCACAGUUGAUCAAUUGUGUUUCCAAGACAAGCUAUAUGUGACGGGUGGCAUAUUCCUAAAGGAUGAUACCAGUAUCUCUAGUAAUGAUUUUGUGGAAGAAUUUGUAGUUUGGAAUAACACGGGGGCGGCUGUUAUAUACAGGAUCUCGUUCUUGAAUGGUAUAUUCAAGUAUGAUCUUUUAUCUGUUAUUCCUGCUGUAUUGCAUCCUUCCGACAUGAGACUAUGCUUUUCUUUUGUACCUUUGAGUAAGUAUGUAUUUCGUGUUGAGUCAAAUUGCUUUCAUGUCAAGAUGCAUAAGUUCUGGAGACCUCAUGUUACUAUAUGGCCUUCACCUGUACAACGUGAUAAUUAUCAGGAUUCCCCAUUAAAGUACGAAAUGCUUGCCGAAGGUGAUUUUUAUGAUGAUUUAGCUGUGGACUUCUCUUUGUCAAAAACUGAUGGCCUAUAUCAUAAUGUUAUCGAUGAGGGAUCUAUUAUGAGUUAUGAGAUGACUACACCCGAGAAUAGUGCGGCAUCUCCAAAUGAGAGGGAUAGCAUAUAUUCAAGUUAUGUUACUCAUCAACAAGGAGGGGAACUAGUGUCUUCUUCCAUGGUUAUAUCUGAAAAUUACCCAGCACCUUACGCAAUUGUUUAUGGGUUCUUUAGUGGUGACAUUGAAAUUGUUAGGUUUCGCAUGUUCUUCUCAGCUUUGGAGUCACUUACCCAAUAUCCAUCUCAGGAAGCAGAUCCAAAUGAACAGAAGAACCAUCUCUCCGGGCACAUUGGAGCAGUUCUGUGUUUAGCUUCACAUCAGAUGGUGAGAAGGUCUGGAGCAUGUAGUUCAAACCAUGUUCUUUUGUCAGGUAGUAUGGAUUGCACUGUUCGUGUGUGGGAUCUUGAAUCUGGUGAUCUCAUUGCAGUAAUGCACCAACAUGUUGCACCAGUACGACAAAUAAUUCUUCCUCCGACGCAAAUUGAAUACCCAUGGAGUGAUUGCUUUUUAACUGUAGGGGAUGACUUAAGCGUAUGCCUUGUUUCACUUCAGACUUUGAGGGUGGAGAGAUUGUUUCCUGGACAUGUGUACUUUCCAGCAAAAGUCUUGUGGGAUGGUGUAAAAGGUUACAUAGCUUGUCUUUGUCCAAAUCAUUCAGAAAAACCUGAUGUGCAUGACAUUCUGUACAUUUGGGAUGUAAAGACAGGUGCUCGUGAGCGAGUUCUUCGUGGAGCUGCUGCACAUUCAAUGUUUGACCAUUUCCUUAAAUCCAUCAAUGAGAUCUCUUUGUCCAGCAACUUGAUGAACGGAAAUACUUCAGUUUCCUCUUUAGUUUCACCGGUGAUAGAGCCAACAAUUUUUUCACAAUCUCAUUCAAAAGCUCAUGGGAAGGGAAUUACUCCUCAAGCAUCCACAGCAAGUAAAGUUGAACAAAAUGCUCCAGAAACAUCAAAGAUAAUGAAUGGAGCUAGUGCAAAAUCAGGAAGGUUUCAAUCAAGAAUCUUUGAGAAGCACCCAGUUAAAAGCUCAUCUCCUUUCCCUGGUGUAUCCACUUUGUGUUUUGAUCUGUCUCCUUUGAUGUCACUAGGCUCUAUGAAUGAGUUUUUUGAGGAUGGCAGUCACCUUGUUGAAAAGAAGCAUGUGAAGGUUUCUGGAAGUAGGAGUCCUCAAGAUGAUCCUCACGGAUGGGCAGAUUCUUUGAAGGAAAUAGGGCCACAGAUGCUUAGCCCUCAACACAGGAAUGUGAAGAGUAGGUCAGCUGGGGCAUCUAUUGUUACACCAGAACAUCAUGAAUGGGUUCGAACACUUGAAGGAUGCCUACUGCGAUUCAGCCUGUCUCUUCUGCACCUUUGGGAUGUUGAUAAGGACCUCGAUUACUUGCUAAUAACUGAAAUGCAUCUAAAAAGACCUGAUUCCUUUAAUAUGUCUUCUGGCAUAUUAGGGGAUCGGGGUUCUAUGACACUAACAUUUCCUGGUUCUAUUUCAACUCUAGAGCUCUGGAGAUCUUCUUCUGACUACACUGCCUUGAGAUCAUUGACUAUGGUGUCCCUAGCGCAGCAUUUAAUUAGCCUAAACCAUUCUUGUUCUUCUGCGAGUGGUGCUUUAGCAGCAUUUUAUACACGGAAAUUUGCAGAGAAGAUUUCGGAUAUCAGACCCCCUUCACUUCAGCUCUUGGUAAGCUUUUGGCAGAGUGAGUUUGAACAUGUGAAAAUGGCUGCUCGCUCUUUAUUUCAUUGCGCCGCCUCACGAGCUAUUCCCCGCCCACUUUGUUGUUCGAAAGCCACUCAGUUUGUAAGUUUUGACGCAUGUCCUGAUAAAGCAUCAGAGAAGGAGCAUAGAAAUACAACUGCAGUUUCUCCUAUAUCUGAAGUGAACAUGCAAUCUCAUGAGGACUUUACUGAGGAAGAGUCAGAAAUAACAUUAUGGUUGGAAUCAUAUGAAUUACAAGGUUGGAUUUCAUGUGUUGGAGGAACAACUCAGGAUGCAAUGACUUCUCAAAUAAUUGUUGCUGCUGCAUUGGCUGUCUGGUACCCUAGCCUUGUCAAACCAAGACUUGCCAGAGUAGUGGUUCAUCCUCUGGUAAAAUUGGUUAUGGCCAUAAAUGAAAAGUACAGUGCUGCGGCAGCUGAGGUUUUAGCUGAAGGUAUGGAGAGUACUUGGAAGGCGUGCAUUGGUUCUGAAAUACCUCGCCUAAUAUCAGACAUAUUCUUUCAAGUCGAGUGUGUCAGUAGUUCAUCAGCUAAUGCAUCAUCACCAAACUAUGCGGCACCUCAUAAAAUUCGAGAGACUUUAGUUGGAAUUCUUCUCCCAAGUUUGGCAAUGGCUGAAAUUCCCGGAUUUCUACAUGUGAUAGAAAGCCAAAUUUGGUCCACUGCAUCUGAUUCACCUGUACAUGUGGUGUCCCUCAUGACUUUGAUCAGGCUGGUCCGUGGUUCUCCAAGAAACCUAGCUCCAUAUCUGGACAAGGUGGUUGUUUUUAUUAUGCAGACAAUGGAUCCCAGCAAUUCAACCAUGCGGCGAAGUUGCCUCCAAAGUGCUAUGAUGGUGCUCAAAGAGGUUGUACGUGUCUUUCCUAUGGUAGCCCUAAAUGAUACAUCUACCCGGUUGGCAGUUGGCGAUGCAAUGGGUGACAUUAAAAAUGCUAAUAUUAGGGUGUAUGACAUGCAAAGCAUGAGCAAGAUAAAGGUCUUGGAUGCCAGUGGACCUCCUGGACUUCCAGGUUUGCUUGGAGGUGACUCGGGAUCAGCAAUGACUACAGGAAUAUCUGCUUUAAGCUUCUCACCAGAUGGAGAGGGGCUAGUUGCCUUUUCGGAGCAUGGUUUGAUGAUUAGAUGGUGGUCCCUGGGAUCUGUGUGGUGGGAGAAACUCAGCCGAAAUCUUGUUCCCGUCCAAUGCAGCAAGCUUAUAUUAGUUCCCCCAUGGGAGGGAUUUUCACCUAACUCUUCCAGAUCUAGUAUAAUGGCUAGUGUAUUGCGUGAGAAUGGAAACCCCAAUUCACCGGGAGGCAACAAAGCUCUGGCUGAAAUGGACAAGUUGAAACUUCUGGUUCAGAAUCUCGACCUGUCUUACAGACUUGAAUGGGUUAGUGAAAGAACAGUAAAGCUUUCGCAACAUUCCAAUGACCUUGGCACCUUCCAGCUGUAAACACUUGCUACGGACCAUUUUUCUGAGACAUCUUCUCAGUGUCCUGCUCUGUAGCUUUGGAUAUACGGGGAGCAUGGCAAAAAUGUGCCUAGUUUGCUGAAAGAUCUCAUCAAGUAGGCUUCUCAAUUUUGGUUUUCAUUCUUUUGUUGUAACAAAAUAGCUCUCAGAUAUGCACACACUCUGCACCAUUUCUGAAAUUUAUUAAGUACUACACAUUGCUGUAAUAGUAAGACAACACCAAUAAGCAUUGUUAUAGAUUGGAUUCUCAAAAUAGCAUAUAUACAUGGAAGUGAGGAACAGUUGCAUCU